AAUGUCUAACUUUCAUUCUUCUUCUACUGAUGAGUGCGAUUUCGAUGAUAUUAUUGAUCCAUCAUCUCCAGGUGGUUCGAAGAAACCUCGACUAACGAUAAAUGCUAGAGAGAGACGUCGCAUGCAUGAUUUGAACGAUGCUCUUGAUGACUUGAGAAGUGUUAUUCCUUAUGCCCACUCUCCGAAUGUCAGAAAAUUAUCUAAAAUUGCUACACUUCUUCUGGCAAAGAAUUAUAUUUUGAUGCAGGCAAACGCCCUGGAAGAAUUAAGGCGGAUGAUUGGAGUGAUGAAUGGAAAUGUUGCUCUUGGUCUAGGAAAUCAAACAAAUUUAACGUCUUUUGGAGCGAAUUUUGGUUUUCAAAGUUUAGAAACAUCAGGAGAUUUUAACAGAUGUGGAAAGAGAAGAAAAAUUGACACCUAA